AAGACCACUUCCUUCUCAACGGCGCUGAUUCUGGUCUGCUCCGUGAAGCGGAAGAAUUAUGAAUCAAAUCAAAUGUUAUUGGUCACAUACAUAUUUUAUUGCUGGUGUAGCGAAAUGCUUGUAAUGCACUGACUACUGCGGAGGUUGCAUUGUUGAAAAUGCUGCAUGGACACUGCAGACAUCGGAUUGAACGUACACCAGGUUUUUCUGGUUCGCUGCACGGAUAGCGCUGCUGUAAACAGUCUGGUAUUUUAUAGGCGUCCAUUACUGGGCCUCAGACAUUUAAACUAUCUGGACUCUCGAAGAGGACGUUGUUUCAAGUGGAUCUCGGGUAGAGUUAGACGAUAACAGACAACAGGAUUCUUGGUGAAUAAGGUGUUGAACGUUUAAUUGACUUUACUAGAUUUAAAUCUUAUCCAGGAUCUUUCUGAAGUAAGGUUAGCCAACAUCAGACAUUUAUUUGUCACAGUUUAAGUCUAGUUUUGAUAUUUUAAAGGACGCCUGAUUGCUCUGGUCUAUCUGUUUAUCUGAAUGCUGUGACAAAGUAACUGUAGUGUAAACUAGCUACAUAUUUACUCUCACGUUUUUAUAUUUGAAGAAACGCUGAAGAAAGAAUAGCUUCCACGAUGAAUCGGGACAGAGCUAGUCCGUCCCCCUCCACCCUGCCGGAGUCCCCUGGUCACAACUCUCCUGGUAGCUCCUUACUGCUGGGUCUGAAGAGGUUGUCUGUGUGGCUGGUCGACUGCAGGAAAACACCAGGGCAGAGUGGAACUGUGAAAGGAGGACACGAGGAGGGAGAUGAAGAUUUGAUUUCAUCAAGGGACAGCACUAACCAUUCUCUCAGUUGGAUGGGCUUGUCAUCUGCGGAGCCUCAACAACAUCGUCUUGAUGACGAGAAAGAGAAGUGUCUCUAUAGACCAGAGCACCCCAAGAAACACCAGCAGAGAUGUAUAGGGAAGAAACCUCAACACUGCUGCUCUGACUGUGGGAAGAGUUUCACUAGCAGGAGUGAUUUCAUUAUUCACCAGUGGAUUCACACCCGGGAGAAACUGUACUGCUGCUCUCAGUGCGGGAAGAGUUUCACUGCUUCUAACGCCUUCCAAUCUCAUCUGCAAAUUCAUGCAGGGGAGAGACCUUACCCCUGCCUUGAUGGUGGAAAGAGCUUCAAUCAGUCAAGCAACCUGACUACACACCAGCUAACACAAACUGGAGUGAAGCCUUUUAUCUGUGAUCAGUGUGGAAAGAGCUUUGCUGUAGCUUCCACCCUGAGUAGACACCAGGUUACACACACAGGAGAGAAGCCUUAUAGCUGUGAUCAGUGUGGGAAAAGCUUUGCUGUAGUUUCCUCCCUAAUUAGACACCAUCGAACACACACUGGAGAGAAGCCUUAUAGCUGUUAUCAGUGUGGAAAGAGCUUUGCUGUGUCAGAAAAACUAACUAUACACCAGCGAACACACACAGGAGAGAAGCCUUAUAGCUGUGAUCAGUGUGGGAAGAGCUUUGCUGUAGUUUCCUCCCUAAUUAGACACCAUCGAACACACACUGGAGAGAAGCCUUAUAGCUGUUAUCAGUGUGGAAAGAGCUUUGCUCUAUCAGAAAAACUAACUAUACACCAGCGAACACACACAGGUGAGAAGCCUUAUCGCUGUGAUCAGUGUGGGAAGAGCUUUGCUGUAGCUUCCACCCUGAAUAGACACCAGCUAACACACAGUGGAGAGAAGCCUUAUAGCUGUGAUCAGUGUGGGAAGAGCUUUGCUGUAGUUUCCUCCCUGAUUAGACACCAUCAAACACACACUGGAGAGAAAACGUAUGUCUGUCUAUGUGGGAAGAGCUUUGCUCUAGCUUCCACCCUGACUACACACCAGCGAACACACACUGGAGAGAAGCCCUAUAGCUGUUAUCAGUGUGGCAAGAGCUUCAGUCAAUCAGUACACCUGAAUACACACCAGCGAACACACACAGGAGAGAAGCCUUAUAGAUGUGACCAUUGUGGAAAGAGCUUCAGUCAAUCAGUACACCUGAAUACACACCAGAGAACACACACAGGAGAGAAGCCUUACAGCUGUGAUCAUUGUGGAAAGAGCUUCAGUCAAUCAUUAAACCUGAAAACACACCAGCUAACACACACUGGAGAGAAACAUUAGAUAGACAUACAGUACCAGUCAAAAGUUUGGACACACCUACACAUUCCAGGGUUUUUCUUAAUUUUUUGUAUUUUCUACAUUGUAGAAUAAUAGUGAAGCCAUAAAAACUAUUGACAUAACACAUAUGGAAUCAUGUAGUAACCAAGAAAAAUGUUAAAUAAUUCCAAAUAUAUUUAAGUUUCUUCAAAGUAGUCACCCUUUGCCUUGAUGACAGUUUUGCACACUCUUGGCAUUCUCUCAACCAGCUUCAUGAGGUAGUCACCUGGAAUGCAUUUCAAUUAACAGGUGUGCCUUGUUAGAAGUUCAUUUGUGGUAUUUCUUUCCUUCUUAAUGCCUUUGAGCCAAUCAGUUGUGACAUGGUAGGGGUGGUAUACAGAAGUUAGCCCUAUUUGGUAAAAGACCAAGUCCAUAUUAGGGCAAGAACAGCUCAAAUAAGCACAGAGAAACAACAGUACAUCAUUACUUUAAGACAUGGUCAGUCAAUAUAGAAUAUUUCAAGAACUUUGAAAGUUCGCUAAAACUUGUGCUUAAAUCUGAUUGAAUUCAACUGGUCUAAUGUCCAUUGCUCGUGUUUCUUGGCCCAAGCAAGUCUGUUCAUCCUAUUGGUGUCCUUUAUUAGUGGUUUCUUUGCAGCAAUUCGACCAUGAAGGCCUGAUUUCGGCAGGGUAGCCUAGUGGUUAGAGUGUUGGACUAGUAACCGGAAGGUUGCAAGUUCAAGCCCCCGUGCUGACAAGGUACAAAUCUGUCGUUCUGCCCCUGAACAGGCAGUUAACCCACUGUUCCUAGGCCGUCAUUGAAAAUAAGAAUUUGUUUGCCUAGUUAAAUAAAAGGUAUUUCACGCAGUCUCCUCUGAACAGAGAAGGUUCAAUUAAAGUUUUAAAUAAAAAAUACAAAUC